UCUUCUUCGAGUUCGAGCGAAUCUGAUUCGAGUUCGAGCGAUGAAGAUCCAAAGCCGAAGAAAGAAGAAAGCAAACCUUCUGCGAUGGGAAUGCUGAGCAGCUUACUUCGAUGUAGCAAGCCUGUCUCGGUUGAAAAGAAACCUGAAGCAAAACCUAUUUCUUCUCCCAUAAGGCCUUCUUCCUCUGGACCUUCUCGUUCUUUUAAAAACAUUUACAAAGAUGGAAACAAGGCGGAAGACAUUGAAGUUCCCACCCCCGUUCUUCCUGUAGCUUCAAACACAGCAAAAAUGUACAAGAAAAGAGUUUCACGAAAAAAGAGUAAAUAACAAACAGUUUAA